GUCAGUAGGAAGGGCCAUCCCAUUACAAGUGGCAACCUUACAUUCUGAGCUCUGUGUUGGCCCUGGGGACUGUCCAGGUCCCCUGCUUGCACGUCUGGGACGACAUCUAGGCACAGCCAACACUCCUGACUUAGCCCAUCAGGGAAGGGAAGUUCUAGGGGUUGUCCCACCAGCACUGGGGUCUCCCAACCCGUCUGGCUUAAGAGGGGCCCACUGGACUCUUCCCUCCUCUACCACAGGCCUGGGGAGGGGUCGUGUUCUCUCCCACAGCAGUUCUGUCCCUCUUUUCCCACUUGAGCCUGUAAGCCAGGUGUUCUGACUUUCCUCCCGAAGUGAAGACACCUCCCUCCCCUCCAAUAUCCGAGCAAAAUGGGCCCUGGGGCACAGCUCCGCUCUUUCCCAGGAACAGAUCUUCAAAGCUAGAGUUACGGGGCCAGCAACUCGGAGAUGAGAAUCAGUUGUCUUCCUGCUCCUCACCUCCCUCGUCCUCUCAGGGUGGAGUGGAGUGGAUGAUCUCCCUCACCACGCCCACAAAGGGAGAGCCAGACACCCUUGACCACAUCACCUCCCCACCGCCACCUCACCGUUCUGAGCCGCUGGGAAGAUGACUGCUUCCUGGCGCACCUGCUUUGUCAUCCUUCCUACCCCUUGUAGGAUCUCCUGAAAUCCAGUAAUCGGCCUUCUCCAGAUGGCACUGUGUGUAGGCUGGGUCUCUUGGAAGAUCCUGCUCUUUAUUUAGCUGGGUCUUGGCCUCAGCUGCAGGGGUCAGGGCCUGUGCAUUCUACAAAGCUCAUUCAGUUCUUUCUCCAAAAUGUUCUUUUUAUUUUUUUUUAAGAUUUGUUUAUUUAUUUGAAAGUCAGGGUUACAGACAGAGGUGGAGUGGUUGGGGGAGAGCUAUCUGCCAUUCACUGGUCCACUCCCCAGGUGGCUACAACAGCCAGGGAUGGGCCAGGCUGAAGCCAGGAGCUUCGUCUGGGUCUCUCACAUGGGUGCAGGGGCCCAAGCCCUUGUGCCAUCUUCUCUGCUUGUCCCAGGCACAUGAGCAGGGAGCUGGAUUGGGAGUGGAGCAGCCAGGACUGGAACUGGAACCAAAUGGGAUGCCAGCGUCAAAGCCAGUAGCUUUACCUGGCACACCACAAUGCUGGGCCCCCUCCCCAAAAGACCCCUAUGCAAGUUUAUGAACCAGUGAAUCAGGGUGAGUGGGACACCCCCCCCACACACUGCUGCUCCAUUUCACCUACAGACGCCGCCACCCGUGCCACACCCCAGCCACGGAGCAUCCCUCCAGAGGCCAGAGUUUCAAGGCAACAGCAGUGUGGUCUUUCGUGGCGUCCCCACUGACCUCACGAGAUGGGCGCGGUCAUGCAGAAGAGUGGAGAACGCUCAUUGCCCAGAACCAAGGAAACAGGGCCAUCACUGCUGCUGGGUCAGUCUCAGCAGCUGCCAGAGGCUUCCAACGUCUACAGGUGAGAGAAGGCACUAGAUCGCCCCCACUGCCUAGGCUGCCCACCCGGUGGUAUCUGAUGCCUGGUGAGCAGGAUUCACACUGAGUUCUCACCCGAUGAGCAGUGGCAAGUACAGCCAUUGCGACCUAAGUUUCACGUUAGUCUAGUGGUGACCCGGCUCCCCGACCUUUUGGGCCUUGGCAGAAUCUUCCAUGGAAGUUUUACUCUGACUCAUGCGGCGGUAUCCGCCUCGAGUGGCCUUUUCCAUUCUGAUCACAGGACCCGACCGACAGAUUUGUUGGCUCGUUCGGCAGUGCGCACUGUCAAUGGCUGAACACAGGACUCAGUGAAGUUCCCAGACUCUGAGCUGCUGCGCUUGCUGGACUCCUCCCCUUUGUAUAGGAGUUACCAUCUUAUUACCACGCUCUCAUUUCAAAUGACAAAUACAUUCUUCAUUUAAUGGACCAAAGAGCUGUACAGCAUUUCUAGCCAGUCACACACUUUAAAAACUAUUUAUUUCACCAAUUUAAAAAAUAUCCAAUAUGUUAAUUUAAAGCUUUUUUUUUUAAUUUGACAGGUAGAGUUAUAGACAGUGAGAGAGAGAGAGAGAGAGAGAGAGAGAGAGAGAAAGGUCUUCCUUCCAUUUGUUCACCCCCCCAAAUGGCUGCAAUGGCCAGAGCUGGGCGAAUCCGAAGCCAGGAGCCAGGAGCUUCCUCCAGGUCUUCCCAUGUGGGUGCAGGGGCCCAAGGACUUGGGCCAUCUUCUACUGCUCUCCUGGGCCACAGCAGAGAGCUGGAUCAGAAGUAGAGCAGCCAGGACUUGAACCCGCACCCACAUGGGAUGCCAGUGCUGCAGGCGGAGGAUUAACCAAGUGAGCCACGGCACCAGUCCUAAUUUAAAACUCUUGUGGUAUUGCACAGACAUAGGAGAGGAGGAGGCAUGCUUAAAUCAGCCUUCUUUUGCCAAUUUUAGAUGUUACCUACCAACACCCUGGAGCGUAUAUUCUCAAUUAGGUCAACGUUCCUCGGACGCUGACUGGUGGCCAGAGCGUGUCAGAGAUCCCUGCAGCGUCUCACACAGCCUUCCUGGAAGAAGCCCUUUCAACACCCGCCUCGGGCCCCUCAUGGAGUGGCCGAGGAAGAGCCGCGUCCCCAGGAUGGCCAGGGACCCUCUUCCUUCUCCAGUGUUCCUGGGGCGGCUUGUUCUGCUCCAAAACACCAUCUUCUACAGUCCAGCAGCCCCGCCCACCUCCCCGAGCCCCCUGCCCUGUCCGGUGCAUCUCUGCUCCAGUCUGAGUGCCCGAGAGCCAUGGCGGCUGUCGGUCACCAGCUCUGUCCCCACAGCUGGGUGCAGCCCCGGAGCAGACGCGGAGCAGCCAGGGGGAAUCCUGCUGAGCAGAGCCUCUUCCCUCCCAGACCCCUGGUCCUUCCGAGCUCACGUUCCUCUUGAAGCUAAGAGGCCGUCAUUUUCAGGGGAGAGUCGCUCUACCAGGAGGACACGGGCGCCGUCUGCUCGCUUGCUUUCCAGUCCUCACGCCCGGCUUUGCUGCUGGGGAGCCGGAGCCGCUGCGCACUUGUACUCCGGGAUCUCGCCAGCGCGCAGCACUGGGCUCCUGAACUCCCCGCGUCGUCCCCUCCCCCGUCCCCCGAUCGUUUUGCUUUUAAAGCGCACACAUCCGGUCAUUUCAAGGUUCGAAACUUGGGCUCGAUGUGUUUUCACUCCUUGCUGUGAAGUUUAAGGUCCUCAUGUGUUCAUGUGAUCCACCGUACAUUUAACUCCAUCUGCCAUGUUUCCCGACCUAAAGACACAGAGACUCAUCCUUGGGUCUCCAGUAGGGUCAUAGAGCAGCAUCCCUGACCAGAGAUGGGCUACAGCCGUGGGUCUUUUUGGACAUCACAGUUCAGACCAUUUAUGGUGUUACUCCUCCUUAUCACAGCCGGUGCUAGGACAGAGGACCUCUCCCGGGGGCUCACCUGCAUAGCUGUUGGCAAGAGGCCACAGUGUCUUGCCAGGGGGGCUUCUCCACCUGUUAGCUGACCGUGUGACUGACACCCAGCUGUUCAGAGUGAGUGAUCAAAGAGAGAGCAAGAUAAAAAUCCCAAUGCCUUCUAUAGUCUACCCAACCCCCCCCCCCCCACUGCACCAUUCCGCAUAGGAAGUAGUGACCAUCCACCAUCCUAUAGCUCCCCAAUGAUGCACACCCUCCCCAUGCAGAACACACCCACCCCAAAUGGCCCCUAACCUCCUAUCCUAUGACAGCACCAGCUCAAAGUCAGGAUUCUGACCUUCCAAAUCAAGUCUAGUUGUGGGUGAAUCUUCUCCAGUAACGUUCUUUAAGCACAGCUUCUCAGGCACACUUCCUCUGGAUCAAAGACUUACAAACCAGAGAGUACAGACAGCCACCCCUCUUGCUUUUCCCCCAUACACACCUCACAUAGGAAGGUGGACAGGCAUUGGACAGCCACUAAAAAUAUUUCUAUUAGAAAGGAGGGAAGAGGACCGACACACAAGGCUCACUAGCUUGGGGUUGGCACUGUGGCUUAGUAGGCUAACCCUCCUUCUAUGUUGCCAGCAUCCCAUAUGGGUGCUGGUUUGAGUCCCGGCUUCUCCACUUCCUAUCCAGAGCCCUGCUAAUGGCCUGGGAAAGCAGUGGAAGAUGGCCCAAGUCCUUGGGACCCUGCACCCAUAUGGGAGACCUGGAAGAAGCUCCUGGCUCCUGGCUUUGGAUUGGUCCAGCUCCAGCCAUUAUGGCCAUUUGGGGAGAAAACCAGCAGAUGGAAGACCUCUCUCUCUGUCUCUCCCUCUCUCUGUCUGUAACUCUACCUCUCAAAUAAAUAAAUGAAUAAAAUCUUAAAAAAAAAAGACUGGCCCAUAGUAAUUCUGAAAUUCAGCAAAGUAAAUGUUGGGAGGUCCUUGAGUAGGAUGUCUUACUCUUUCCCAGGGAUGGCCUACCAUGGCUCUUGGCUGCACCUUUUGGCCACUGGUUUAUCCCUCUUCCUUCUCUCUGUGUGCGGCAAUGUAGGUUUCUCAGCCCAUUUCCUGCCAAUAGAAAACUGAGAGCAGAGUCCUCUUCCUUCUUGGUGCUUUUUCUGCCUGUUUCAGCCACGCUGGUGGUGCACCUGGCAGCAUGAGUGUCUGACAAACCUUAUAGGCCUCUUGAGAUUUUUACUGGGAUUCAUCUCGUUAGACAAAGAUCAUAUCCAGACAUCUCUGCUCCACUUCGGGCUCUGCUGAGCCUAAUGAAGGGCAGUGCCCUUGAACUUCUCAGACGCUCUGCUGUUUGAUCCAGCGUUGGAUGCACUGUCUUGGGUAUUUCUGAAGACUUAACAAAGAAUUUAAAAUCUUUUUAAAAAAGAUUUAUUUAUUUGAAAGGCAGAGUGACAGAGAGAGAAGGAGAGGGAGAGAGAGCGAGGGAGGAAAAGAGGGAGAGAGGGAAUCUUCCCAUCUGCUGCUUCACUCCUCAAAUGGCCGUAACUGCCAAGGCUGGGCCAGGCCAAAGCCACAAGCCAGGAACUCCCUCAGUCUUCCACACAGGAGGCAGAAACCCGAGUCCUUGGGCCCUCCUCCACUGCUUUCCCUGGUGUAUUAGCAGGGAGCUGGACCAGGAGCGGGACAGCUGGGACUGGAACUAAUACUUUGAUAAGGAAAUGCUUAAUCUACUGUGCCACAAUGCUAGCCCCGAUUUUUAAAUUCUUGAUUUCAUGGUUAGAUCACAUAAUCUUUAGAAUUCCCUGGAUUUGAUCUUUUAAAAGAUUUAUCCAUUUAUUUGAGAGGCAGAGUUGCAGACAGAGAGAGAGAGAGAGAGAGAGAGAGAGAGAAAGAAAGAGGUCUUCUAUCCAUUGGUUCACUCCCCAGAUGGCUGCAAUGGCAGGAGCUGUGCCGAUCCAGAGCCAGGAACCAGGAGCUUCUUCUGGGUCUCCCACUUGGGUGCAGGGGCCCAAACACUUGUCCCGUCUUCAGCUGCUUUCCCAGGCCAUCAGCAGGGAGCUGGAUCAGAAGUGGAGCAGCCGGGACUCAAACCAGCAUCCAUAUGGGAUGCCAGCACUGCAGGCAGAGGCUUAACCUACUACACCACAGUGCCGGGCCCUGGAUUUGGUCUUUACCUGGAAGCCAUGAUUAACUGCUUCUUUCAUAACAGUCCUCACAAUAUCUUCUAAACUUUAUCUUCCUCCCUCCCUCCUUCCUUUCAUUUCUUUCUCUUUCUUUCAUUUUACAUUUUUGGCCCCAGUUUCUGCAUACCACAAAUCCCUAAGUACAGGGAUUAGGGUCUUCUUGGCAUAAUCAGUCUUUCCCCCCAAGUCUCAACAGAGACACAGAGACAGUCUUUGAGUGUAUGUGUCCCAACUUCGCUGGAUUUGGAAUGAGAACAUUUCAACACCAAUAGCAAGACCUAAUGAAACAACUUCAAAACUAUUUGGAAUAAUUUUUUCUUGUAAUUUAGACUCUUUUUGGUUUCCCUUACAUGUCUCAUCAAGAGGUUGAUGCAAUAGGGCAGAAUUGCAUAAAUCAGUUUUAUUUUCUGAGUAUAUUAAUAAUUUUAAAAUAUUUUUAUACAUAUGCUUAAAGGUAUGUCAAUCUCAGAGAAAACAAGUCAAAGUCCUAGUUCCUGCUAAUUAAUGUCUGAACUUUUCCCCCUCAAUUAUUUCACACACCUGUUCACUGUAAAUUUCCUCAACUAUUUUAAUAUCACAUUAACGCUGCCCAGAACUUGGAUGCACACCUGAAGUUUUUCUGAAUUUUAAUUAUUUUCAAAUUAAUUUUAAUAUUCUCGAUGAUUUCAAACUUACCAUAUGUUUAAUAAAAUUGAACUUCAUAUUUAAAAAAAUGUUUAACUUUUCUUAAGGUUUCAAAAGAUAACUUAUGGUGUAUUUUUACGAAUGCUUUUAAAAUACUUUAAAAAAAUUCUUUCCCUGAAAACCUUGUUUGUCCCAAAUCUUAUCAUUCCGUGAUUAACGCAGCCACUUGUUUCCUGCGUGGAUGCUCCCAGAUUUUCACGGCGAAACACGGUUUUACUCUGCUGGGAGUCCUCCUGCGGCUUCUGCUCGCUGGAUUCCGUAUCCUUGCCCAAUCUGUCAGUUUCCUCCUGCCUCACCCAACAGUCCUUCUGGUUCGGGUUGUGCCAUCUGACUAGCUUGGCUAACGCUCAUGUUUUUUGGUUAAGAUGCCCCACAACACUCGAGCAUUUGGUUUUGAUACCACAAAGCAGAACAACCCAGGUGAUCGCACCUACUGGGACAAGUGACUGGGACUUGCAACGUUCAAAACAGGACUCUCAUGAUAGGGCAAUGAUGCGUAUUGGCUAAAUGAGAUUCCCACCUGCUCACAGCAAGUAGUAAACCGUGUUCGCUGUUAUCCUCUGCAUGGUGGUUCAUGUCGAUCGGUCGCUUAACAGCCAUUUUCAUCCACUGUUGGCAGUUACUGCAGAGCGACAGUGCAGAGGCAGCGGGGGACCCAGAACUAGGACUCGCUGGGUGCGUGGGGCACACGGCCUUCCUGAGUGAAAACACUCGUGCUCCGAUGGUGCACGCACACAUCCCUGGACUCACAGGUGCAAGGCACGAGGGCAGGAAGUGCGCCCCUGGCUCGCCUUGGGGGAACUGCAACAGCAUCAAGGUCAAGCCGUGCAACCUCCUCCACACGUCUGUCUGUGCGAUGGCUCAGCCUGAGUCUCAGGAUGAGCACAACGCGGGCGCAAUCUCGCUCCUUCGGUCAGAAAAUUGUCAUCGCCAGCACCACAGCUUCAGCCCCUUCGAUUUCCGUGCCUCGGACAGCAGCUCUGCCAGGGAGCAGUAGACAAAUGGAGAGAGAGAGAUCUUCCAUCUGCUGGGUCACGCCUCAGAUGCCUGCAACAGCCAGUCUGGAUCAGGCCGGAUUCGGGAGCCUGGAACUCGGUGCCUGUCUCCCAGGUGCGUGACAGCAGCUCGAUCCCUGAGCCGACACCGCUGCCUCCCAGGAUCUGUGUUAAUAGGAAGCCGGGUCGAAGCCAGGACUUGCACCCGUCACUCUGGUGUGGAUGCAGGAGCUCCAAUCACAACGGCUGGGAGGAAGAGGGCCCCUAGUGCCCAUCAGCUGGGGAACAGGUAAACAGAACGUGGCCCACUGAUUCAGCCUUGCACAGGAAGGAGGGUCUGACCCACGCUGCAACACGAGUGAGACCCAGGGACACGGUGCUCAGAGCGAUAAGCCUCAAAGGGACAGACACCAUCUGAUUUGUUUCUUAAGAGGCACCUGGAGGAGUCAUGUUCACGGACGGGGGCGGCCAGGGGCCAUGGAGGGGGGCGUGAGGAGUUCUGAGUUCCCCGAGUGCCAGUUCUCCGAGGCGGUGGCGGUGCCGCACGGGGUGUGAACGGACUCCCAGGCACGGGCCCAAAGGCUUGUACACAGGCAGCGUGGCCCAGGGGUGCUGGGUGCAUUUAUUUCAGCAGCAAAGAGAAGGCACUUGAAGACCAGUGACUAGGAGCCCACCAGGCGGAAGAGACCACCUCCGUCUGCACAUGGGUGGGUCCUGCUCUUGGGAACUCACACUUCGCCAGGCCGCGGGGGUGUGCAGUGCCGGGGGCCAGCCUUUCUCUCCACGUGGCGGGGUCCUCUGGCCCGCGGUCACCCGUUUCUACAACGGGACGAGCACCCCACUGCUACAGUGCGCUCGGUGGGACUUUGCACAUUCCUUGUUCUGCGUGUUGCGACUUGGCUUUUCUGAACUGUGCUACUUAAAAAAAGAUUUUUUUUUGAGAGACGAAGACAAAGAGAGAAUUCUCAUUUGCUGGUUCCCUGCCCACAUCGGCUGAGUGCCAAAAGUCGGAGCUGGGAACUCAUUCCAGGGCUCCCGUGUGGGUGGCAGGAAGUGGCUGAGCCGUCACCGUGGCCUCCCAGGGCACCCACUGGCAGGAAGCUGGACUUGGGACCCAGAGGUGGGACUUGAGCCCAGGCACUUAGGGACGUGGACAUCUUAACUGGUACCUCAGCCACGGGGCCAAAAGCCCAGAACUGAGCUGUUUAUAACCUCAUUAGGAAACACCCCUGUCUGGGCCAUCAUGGUGCGCAGUGGGUUAAGCCAACAGAGGCGAUGCUGGCAUCCUAUAUAAAAGUGCUGGUUCGAGUCCCUGCUAGUCCACGUCUGAUCCAGCUCCCUGCUAAUGUGUCUGGGAAAGCAGCAGAAGUGGUCCAAGUACCUGGGAGAGCAGCAUGGAGCCCCUGGCCCUGGUGUUGGACUGAUCUAGCGACGGUCAUUCGGACAGUGAGCCAGUGGGUGGAAGAUUAUCUUUCUCCCUUCUCUCCGUAGCUUUGCCUUCUACAUAACAAGUCAAUCAAUGAACAUUUAAUUUAAAAACAACACUUUCUUCAGACAGACGCUUGUAUUUAUCAGGCACUUAAGCUUUACGAAGCAAAACGCACCACAAAGUCACAUGCCGGCUUCCUCGAAGUCUCUAUCCGGCUCUUUGGGGGUAGAUCUGCUCUCCAAGGCUCUGGACACCUCUAGAGCAUUUUACUAAAGGACACGAUUACAAAUCUCUAUUUACUGAAGGUAAUUUUCAUGAACCAGUUUCCUUGAAAGAAGCUCAAAGUAGCUUUAUUAAAAAAAAAAAAAAACGCACUAUUCCUCCUUCCCACGGGCGAGCGUGUGGGAGUGGGGAACACCAGGAUUCUUCCAUUCACGAAGAACUAGCAAGAGCAAAGGUUUUAAGACGAUACGCUCGGGAGUGGAAAAUACCAGAAGGAAUUCGCCUCCCCGGGCCUCGCGCUCCAGCCGCUUCCACGGUGCCUGUGACUUUCUCUCAGCUCAGCGAGGCUCCUGGACUUAAGUGAGUGCUUGACGUUUUCAGGAAUGUCCUGGGGAACGCAGACUUCCUCCAGGACGGAUCGUAGGCUCGGCGCCCGCUGCCAGGCCCUCACCCAGUCUGUGGACGAGCUUCUGGCUCCCACAGAACCUAAAUUCUGAAUUUAUGUAUCAAAAGUAAGCAGUCGGAAUAAUCAAACAUAAACACGCUUGCUCACGGAAUAUGUCAUCUUAACUUAAGGCAAUCGAAGCACAGAUCCCCUUCUUUUUGGGGAAUUUCACAAGUAUUUCAUCAGCCACUGCCCAUGGUGAUGAUUUAAAUAUUUUCUGUGUGAAUAGCAACAUUGUAAAAUAUUCUAAAAGGUCCAGGUUUCUUUUGCAAGCUCUGAGCUAUCUGGAAAUUCAGCUUGCUAUUUAGGGGCCAAAAAAAAUUCAUACUUUAAAGAUACGAUCUAGAUUUUUCUGCUAUGCUUUUUUCCUGGGGUUGGUGCUUCCUGGGGAAUUCUGCCUGGUGCCCUGUUCUGGUUUCUAUGGGAUCAGUGGUGUAGAAACGGACCCUUGCAGCCACCCCAUGGAGUCCUGCAGCCUGGGUCCAACUCGAGUCGGCCACCAGAGGGCACUGUUGUCCUUUGCUAGCGGCAGCCAGGCGUUCCCCACCCUGCUGCCGCCAGCUUCGAGCCCACUGCAUUAUUAUUUUUUGAUUUAUAAAGCGCCAUGCCUCAGCAGCCUCCCCACCCCCCCGCCGCUCCAGAGACAGCUCCCAGGAGCACGCAGAGAGAAGAGAGCGAAGUCCAGGGAGCACUAGGUGGGCUGGUGAAAAGCACACAGGUGGAGGGCGGGCGGGGAGGCACCAGAGCGGCAGCCCGGGUGCCUGCGGCCAGAGGGCACAGGGCCUUGUCCAGCGGGGCUCGUGCAUGAACGUGUUCCCAUAGAGACAGAGAAAGACCGUCCCUGGACACUAGCAAUCAAGAUAUUCCCUUCCAGCUCAGACCUUCCCGGCCAGAACCAGCCCUUGUUGCUGUCCGUCCAGCGCUGUGGCUGGCUCCGCCUGCGGGCACAGGACACGCUCCCCACAGCGUAGGCAACCGAUGCAAAGGAACCCACUGAUCCCCCUCUGGGGAGGCCGGGGAGGGGGCUGAGUCCCGACAGCAGCCAGGGGUCAGCAGCAGAACCCUUGGCAGGAAGGCGGCUGCGGGGGCCUUGGAAAGGGACAAGUCACUAAUGGCGCCAAUCAGAGUCGAGCAGGUUGAUGGGAUAAUCAUGAAAAUAAAACGCCGGAGCAAAAUGACACAGCUCUUGGCGUCAGACGGAAAACCCAACACAUCGAGAGCUGGCAGGUUCCUGCGACACAAGCAGGACAGGCAGGGCCACCCUGGAGCCGCUGGGCCCACCGGCCACUGCCUGUCCACGAGCUGAACUUGGUCCCAAGGCCUCCUGGCUCCACAAAACACUGCCCUCUGGCCCCUUUUAUUCUAAGCGUUUCUCCCAGCGCCCCAGCGAGGUAGGUGUUCCUACAUCGUUUGACACAUGCAGGACCGGAGGACAGAUGUGCUGGUGUCGUGGCCAAGUGAAAUAAAGGCUGUCAGACCCCAGGUUCUCCUCCCCAGCCUGGCCUGGGGAAGCCCUAGCCCAGGAGGCCUGGGGCGGCUUCUCAGAGCUCAGGACCCCGAGCCUGUUGAGUAAGCCUUGCCACGGUCAGACCCCGGGUCAGCCAGGGGCCAAACCCCGGGCACAAGCAACACUUCCCUCCUGGAGGUGGCUGCAGCCCAGCAUGGCCCCAGGGCGCCUUAUUGUUUUAUUCUUUAUUUACUUAAACAGGCCAGCAUUUUGCUGUUUUGCUUGAGAUUAAAACCUCCCUCUCUCCCUCCCUCCCUCUCUCCCUCUCUCUCUCUGUCUCUCCUUCUCUCUCUCUCUCUCUCCCUCCCUCUCUCUUCUCUCUCUCCCUCCCUCCCUCUCUCCCUGUCUCUUCCUUCUCUCUCUCUCUCUCCCUCCCUCCCUCUCUCUCUCUCCCUGUCCCU